GAGCAUCUCGCUCGGCCCGUUCACCAUCUGCGACACUGGGCUGUCCGUCGCCCCGAAGUUUGAAAUUGGAGUGGAAGUUGCUGGAUGCGGCGCAAGAGUUGGCGUUGGUGACGUGCGCGAUGGGAUCUCCCUGUUUGCCUCUGCCAGCGCCAGCUUUCAGGUUUUUGGGAAGGGCAGCAACUGGAAGAACAUGCUGCAGAACCUUCGCACCAAUGCCCACCACUUGCCGGAUAUUUCUUCGAGCAUGAAGUCACUUAUCGACGAUGCAAUCCACACCACAGAUAAGGUGGUCGGCCCCUCGGGCCAGGAGACAGCAGAGGUGGUCAGACUCCUCAACGAGGAGGCCCCCGAGUCUGCUGGCAUCACUAAGUCGGACCUUCUCAAGGAUCAUUCCAGCUCUUCUGCCAUGGAGGUGAUGAUGAAGGCCAGCAGCGGCAUCGGCAUCAGCGCCAAGGUCUGCCCAGGCUGGAAAGAUGCGGAUGGCUUCCACAACCUAGGCGGCGGGGCCAGUCUUGACAUGGGAGUUGAACUGAGUUUCGACCUCGUGGUUGGAUAUCGACCACGCCCUCCAGGAGGCGGACCUCGGAUGGUCCGCCUCCUGCUUGGCCUCUGCAACUUCUUCUUUCAGAUCACAUUUCCCAUCGGCUGCCGCAACGUGGUAGCCGCUGCCUCGGCGUUUCUUUGGAGCUUCUUCGCCCCGAAGAGCGCUCGCGCAGACGUGGGUGAAGGUGACAGCCUUCCUGCUGGAGCCCGGCAGGAGGACCGCAUCCGCAAAGGCUUGGAUGCAUGGAAGAAGCUCCCGGAAAAGUUGCAAACGGCCGAGGACAAAGACAAGGAGUGGGACGACACCAUCGGCUUCCUGAGGCGCAUCUACGGCCUGAACGAGGACAUGAAAUACCUCACUCGAGGAUUCCGUGGAGACAAAAAGACGAACGCCGAAGCACUGAUUGAGAAGUUCAGGAAGCAAGUGAAGGCAUCGGACAAGCCGGUGAAGGCAAAGGACUUCGACAAGGUCAUGGAGUUCCACAAGGAGAUCACAGGAUACCUCGAAGAGUUUCAAACCUACCUGCUGGAUGCCACAGAG